CCGGCCAAAACCUCAUCGCCAACCGUCGCAGAGCCAGGAGGGCCCUUAAAUGACAGUGAAGCUAAGAGCCAUUCCGAAUCGGCCAACGUAUUAUCAACCGAUGUAUCCGGCAUCACAGUCUGUCACCGGCCGAUGCCCGUUGAGCUCCUCAUGCAGGAAGUCGAGGGUCGUGACCCUGCAAGAAUCAUCCCACGUGGAAAGACGUUUAAAACGUCGAAUGAAUAUAGCAAUGCUUGGUUGUCGCUCGCUGACAAUAAUCUUGACAAGGCAACGGAUAUGUGGCUCGAUACUAGAAACCCACGGGACGUUAUAUAUGGAGCACAUGAUUUUAGACGCUUUGUGACCGAGGAGUGGCUUGACCCGACGCUCAACCAUGGCCCGUUUGUGCUGAUGCAUGGCGACUUGAGCUUUCAUGGAGGCAACCUUGCCUGGGAUGAGAACUACAGGCUUCGUGCGGUGCUCGACUGGGAGUGGAGCUACGUCGUACCAGUACAGCACUUUGUUCCUCCACUCUGGCUGAUCGGCUUUUACGACGUCCCCGAGUUGGCGGUGCGGAAAUCAAGCUGGAUGUGGGAGGUGCAAGUGCUCCGUCACGCUAUCAAGGCGCGGGAGAAAAUGCGUGGGGUUCCGCCCCAUCUGUCAGGUGAAUGGGAAAAGAUGGAAGAGUGGCCGCAUACAAUCAUCGCAUUGGGACUUCUCCGGCCCGAAUCGAUACAUCACGUCUACUGGGACUUUCUCAGUUGCCAAAUAUCCGGGCUUGAUACGGACCCCGAACACGAUCUCGAGAAACACGUCAAGAUCAUGACCGAGCGUAUUGACGAAUUUUUCAAGGACACGCCGUCUGCCGAGGCCCUUUUGGCCAGGAAAGUGGAAGAACAGAAGCAAUUCGACGAAGAAUUCGAGAAAUACAGAGAAGAGAUGGCAGACGCGUCUGAAGAGUGCCAGUGCGUGGGUUGCAAGCAGGACGGUGUCUCUGUCCCGAUAUAAAGGAUUAUUGAUCUCAGGAGUCGGGUAAAGGCGUCGAUAAUGGUUAAUGGGCUAGA